GACUGUCCACUUGUUAUUUUGUGAGAUGGCGCUGUAAGCGUUCGCAUAAUGGAGGACGCCGCCGAGCAAGCAGUUCGUAGGAGAGAAAUUAGAAGAAAGAAGAUAUUGGAAAACUCUGAUGCUCGAUGGAUGAAAAUUAUGGGUCAAGAAAAGCACCAUAGUCAAGAUACUCCGAAAGAGGCAAGCAUUUCUACACAGAUACAAACAACAAAGCAGGAACCACUUCUGGCGUCAUCUGAAACUAGGUGCACAAACUUAGGAGAGCAAACGAGGUUGUCCUACUCGCUGGGCGAUGCAGCUUCGCAGUUCUUGUCUGAAGACGUCUCGGGGACUGUAGGUGGCAGCACCGUGAGUGGCUCUCGGUUGUCAGAAUCACGCACACGGUCAUUGGAUGAAACAGCAGCAGCAAAUGGAGCACCACGACUAGCAUGCUCACAGCGGUCAGCCUCGUAUUCGUUCCCCAAGAAGGUGUCGGAUGCAGAGUCACGGUCCUAUGCCCGUUGCCGGUCGGACGCCCGAGGCACAGAUGAAGGGACAUUAAACUGGCUUUUAGAGCUGCUGGGGCCCUGUGGCCCAAGUCUGGUGCGAGCCUGGCUGCUGGGCCUGGUAGCUACAUUCACACGGCUCUGGCUGGCUGUGGGCGCUGCUGCUCUCGGUGGUCCACAGACGAUACUGCUGCCUUUCUGCCUUUUGGAAGCAGCGAUGUAUAGCUACUGCAAAUUCAGCUCAAAACCCAGCAUUUCCCAGCGGUCUAUGCGGUCCACAGCUGCGCCGCUAGCUUUCCUGGCUACAGCCUUGGUUCUUUGUGGUAUUUCCCCAAAGGUCUCAUCACGAACCACGACCUGCUUACAGCUUGUGGCCGAUGUGAUGGUGGACCUGAUGGUGUACACCUUUUCCUUUGUUGUUUUUCAUGUAAUUUUGGACGAUUGGGCCGGCUGAGCAGUGCAGCUGAAAGGUGCCAAGAAGUACAUCUAAACUGUGCAACUCAUUAUUGAGGCCAAGGAACAAACUGCAUCAGUGUGCCUACUGAACGUCUGCAGGGUUUAUGGCUGCCAUAGACUACCACAGGCGAAGCUGACAUCUGUGCUAUGUUGCAGCAGAAUUCGACUUGUAGUGAAAGGCCCAUGAGAUGUUUGUGGCAGCCAUGAGUGUUGGUGUGUGUGUCACUUGUGUGUUGUGACUCCCAACAAGUCUAUGUGCUUGCAGCAUGUGGAACAGAAAAGCAACUGAUUACUGUACAGCUGCUGUUAUGAGGAUUGUUGCAGAGCAUUUAUCUUUUGUGCUAAAAAAAAUGAAUGACAUGCGUAUGGAUAAUGUCAGCAGCUAGUCAGUAUUUGUUCUUGUCUAUGUAACAUAAAAGAAAAGUUGUGAUUUCCCCAUUGUGUUUCGAAGACAUUAUAAUACUGUUUUAGUGUAGACGGGGGGAUCUCCUAUGUUUCAAGCAUACUUCAGUGUUCCAGAAAACAUUAGCACUUAUUGUAAAUGUAGAACAUUUCAGGUAGUGAAUAUUUUUCUACAGCAUUGGCUGUAGAAUAAUGGUUGUAAAAUUCUACAAUGAACAAAGCUGCUGACAUAAUCCCUUCAUGCCUCUUGCUUAGCACAAAUGAGGUUAUGUACGAAGCUAAUGAAUGAUCCUGAAGUUCAGUUUCUUGUCAUUUUCAUUUGCUCUGCACGUAUCGUAAAAAGAAAAUUUACUCUGAAGAAAAUAUGCUUUAUGGUUGCAGUUUAAAGUUCACUCAUACAAAUGGAUCCACUUCUGUCCCUCGUGCUUGCAACUCUGUGGUGAUUGAUUUGAUUCAGGAGGAAUUUCGAAAGUUGACAAAGUGUUGCCAACAUAUUUUUGAGUGCAUGAAGUACCUUGUAAAUGAAUGAGUGCACAAUUGCAUGAACAUGCUUGAAUUACCUCUAGGUUAGAGGUGAAAUUGGGAUCAAAUGAUUGGACACAAGAACUGAGUGGUUCCAUAACUAUGUGCUCUUGAAUGCGGCUAAACUCUGAAACAUUUGCUGUGUGUUGAAUCCAAGACAGCACCAUGCCUAGCAGGAUACCAAAAACAAGAUCAUUUAAAUGCUUUGUGGCUUUGCUAUAUUUAUAGCUUCUGGUAUAAUGUGCCGCUAAACUUGUGCCAUUUUCAGUGCUGUGUGAUGUGGGACCAAAUGAACGAAAGAAACCAUUGACAACCAGAUAGAUUCAAAAUCUCUUCUAAAAUGAGAUAUAAGUACCGUUGGAGAGUUAAUGUGAGAGAAUUCAUGAUAAAUUAAUAAGCUAUGCAUUGGUGUAUUUCCAUGUGUCUGUGGUUGAAGUGUUAUCGCUAAUUGAAACCAUUACAUGUGAAUAAAUGAUAUAUGAAGGAGGAUGUUGGAGCGCGAGUGACGCUGCUUUUGGUUUGCCAUAACUGAGUCUUGUCGGUUCCCAAUAAUAUGCUGGCCGAUUGUUUUGACAGCUUCAUAGUAUAAUUGCAAUUGUGUAGAAUUUGGGAGUUUUCACAAAUUCUUUCCUCACCUUGAUUACAUGCAUUUUAUUUAUAAUGCAGGACUUAUGAUGUGAAAUAUGUUAAAACUGUGAUUUUGUGUCAUGUGUGUUAUGUAUAUUGCAUGAUAUGGUUAAGCUUCAUGAUAAAUAAGGUGCUUUCUGCAUUCUGAGCCUAAGUUAUUGCGGGCUAAUUAUCUUUAUUUAUUUGGAGACAUGUUAAAAGCCUUAUAAUUUUUUUUUCAAAGCCAUUUACGGUAUACGUGCUAAUAAUGUGGAAAUAGCUCACAAACAUAUGAACUGCUAGGUUGUUUGUUGAGCGCGAAGUGACAGUUCUACAGGUUAACUUUUUUUUUAGUAAGUGAUUUUUUAAUUGUGUUUUUUCAUAAUAAGAAAGGGUGAGUUAUCAAGCACCAUUGUAAGCACUGCAAGAAGGGUGCAUGUGUCUUCAGGCAACAAGCAUAAUAACUUGUGUGUUACAAAAAAUUGCUGGCCAUUCCAAUUUAUUAUUAUUUUUUAACUUGCCACACUAUUAAUAUGGUUUUGCAAGGGAAAACCAUCUUAAGUUAGCUUAAACAUCCUUACAUAGUACAUUUGUGUGCAUUUGGAUGUGUGUGUGUGUGCUUUACCUUUUUUUUUUUUCAGUGUGCAGUUUGCUGUCAUGCAGUAUAAGUCAGGUUUUUAGGGAUGACUACAGUUUUCUUUGAAACUGUGUAUAAUUCCUUGCACUAACUGAAAUCUCAUUGGGAAACACAUACCUUUAGUUUUUGCUAUGAAACAAUAUUCAAAUCACAUAAUUGCACAGAAAAAUAUGGGGUAGAACUUUUGAAAAAUGAAGUCACACCUGAGGCCCUCCAUUUGCUGCAGCUGACCACUGUUAGCACUGUCUUUAUGUAUUAAAGAAAAAACAUAAUCACAAGGGCUUCAUUAAGAUUUUGUUUUGGUGCUUCUGUUAUGCCAUAUUUACUGUGUGUGUGCAUGCAGAACUCUAGAAAUGUUUAUUUUUUAGUGACAUGUUCACGACAGCCAUAACGGAAUGAAACUGUGAGAGCUUCUUGUAAUAAGUAAAAAAUUUAUGAAGACAAGUACACAUUUAAAUUUAUUUCACACUCCCCAUAAUUUAUGCUAUAGUUUCUGUGACACGCCAACGUUUGAAUUUGUUGCCAAAUUGUUCAAACAAAAGGCAGCGGGCAUUACAACUGUCUCUGCAUGUGUUUUGUCUUUCUCCUGUCCUGUCCCUCACAAAAUGAAAGCUUAAGAAAUAGAAGAUGAUAAGAGUCAUGCUAUGACUUUUAUUCUUAACUGGUCUGAUUUGGCAGUGCUUCCAUUUUUGCAUGAUAUGUAGCAUCAAUGUGAUGUAUUGUAUCGGAGAACAUUGUGCUUUGUUUUGGUUGACCAUUUUGACUGUGCUCUUGAAAAUUGAAAAAUGUGAAAAUGUCAAAAGCUGGAAGAGGCACCUGAAGGUCAUGAAGUGGUUAACUUUUUUCUUUCUUUCUUUUCUGUGUCCUCUUUUUUUAUUGGUUUGGCCAGCAGGCCUGCACCACAGUCAUGUAUACAAGGCCCGUAUUCUGAAACGUUCGCCUUCUGUGAAACUAUCACCUUGGCCACGCCUCCGCCAACGGCUAGGUUAGGCUGUUUUAGCAAAACCGGAAAAUAAACAGCGCCAUCUAGUAGUUCCGGCUUAAGUCAUUUUAACGUCAUGGUGUCGAUGGGUGCUCUCGACAUGAAUAGACGAACACGUCUUUUGGCGUUCGGUUGGUGGUGGAGUGUAGUAGGUAUGAGAAGGGGUAGUUUACAGUAGUCUUUUUGGUGGUGUCUUACACGUGUUGUAUCGCGGCAAUAUUUGUUGACUCAUCUAAAAUAAAACAUUUCACACUUC